UCUUCUGCGCAAAGAUGGGCUGGUUGAUGAGCAGAAUCCUUCUUUUCUGUUUGAGCAUCGUGAGGAUUUCUUCGCUUAACUUUUUCCCUGAGAAAUUCGUCGUUGCUGAGCAACACAAAAAUGUUACUCUAACCUGUGUAACAAAUAAAGACAGUGUUACAUGGAAAUGGCAGGAUGAAUAUAACACAUACAACAUAGAUGAAGAUGAGUUUUUAGUACCCAAAGGUCGGAAUUUGUUCCUGCGUGACCUGCAGAAGGACCAAAUUGGGAAUUACACCUGCUGGAGUGAUGAGGGACUCGAGGACUACACUUAUCUCCUUCUAGACAAGUCUAAAGAUGCAACAGUUAACAUCAAUUGCACAGCCGAAACUUUUUCAUGCAUGAAACACAUCACAUGUGACUGGAAGUCAGAGGAAUUCACUGCUUUCAGACUACGCAAUACACGGGAUAAUGGUGACUGGGUGUCAGAGCCUGUGGAUGGGGUAUUUCAUCUCCAACAUUUCACCAAUUCAUACACUGAAGAGUCAGAGCGAAUGAUGAUAACCGGGGAAGCCGUUUCCUCAUGCUGCUAUCUGAAAACUAAAUACAGCUUCUACCUUCGAGACAUUGUUAAACCAGCCAGUCCAAACAUUUCAACAUGCAGCAGAGAAAAUAGUGAAAUCAUAGAGGUGGAGGUGAAGCCUCCUUCGUCCUGGCCGCACCCUCACAGUUUCUUUCCUCUGAAGCAUCAGAUUGAGUAUGAGAUACGAGACAACGGGAAGCUGGAGACUCGUGAAUGGGAGGGGUCAAAAGUUCUAGUUGAAAGGGUCAUCAGUAAACUGAGGGUCCGCUGCAGAGAUCUGCUGCUCCUCUCUCAGUGGAGCGAAUGGACGCCGUGGGAAAAUGUGUCCAAGAGGAAGGGAAGAAAACGUACCAAGGCAGCGAAAACAGCACGAAACUCCGGGAAAAGAAACAAGAGCAAAAAGCAACAAAGAAAAUGUCAAAAUAAAUGGAACAGUCCAACUUGGGCCAAUUUCUGAAUCUCUAAUGAUAUUUUAUUAUCACAGUGAAUUUGAGGAUGAGCUGUCCUGAAUCAGUAGUGUGCAGUUUUUAUUGUCAACUUUGCAAGUGAAGAAUUAAUGGUGCUUUGGUUAUAGCACACAAUAUAAUAUAAAUAUAAUAUUACAUCUAUAAAGAAAUAAAAACUGUAUUUUCACCACACAUAUUGGUGCAAUUAUUCCCUUAUUCACUUUUGUCUCCUGUGGAUGCUCUG